AUGGACAAACAUGAUGAUACAGCUAAAGAGGAAGAGAUUGAGUACAUCGACUUUAAGCCUCAAGAGCCUAUCUCAAGAGAGCUCGACAACGACCAGGCAGAUCUAUACGCAGAAGCACUCCGUCGCUACCCUAAUGAUGAAUCAAUUGAUCAGGCCGAUGAGAAGAGACUCAAGCGCAAGCUAGACACCCGCAUUCUGCCAUUGUUGGGUUACGUCGACAAGACAACGCUUUCCUACGCGGCGAUCUUUGGGAUCAAGACAGAUUUGAAGCUGACGGGCGAAGAAUAUUCAUGGCUGUCAAGCAUAUUCUACUUUGGCUGGCUAGUAUGGGCAAUUCCAUCCAAUCUCAUCAUGCAAAGAUGUCGACCCGGAUGGUACCUGUCGUUCAACAUCUUCUUUUGGGGAGCUCUUCUCAUGUGUCAGGCUGCUGCAAAUGGCUUCUCAGCUCUGGCGGCAUUGCGUAUUCUCUCUGGAGCCUUUGAAGCGAUUGCAGAUCCGGCGUUCAUGCUCAUCACGUCCAUGUACUACACGCGCGAAGAGCAGCCAUCUCGAAUUGCGGCCUGGUAUGGCAUUGGCAACAUCAAUGGUGCUCUCGCCUCUUGGCGCUACGAGUUCUUGAUUGUCGGCGCAUUCUGCUCGGCAUGGGCACUUGUCCUCUGCUUGCUUCUCCCCAACUCGCCUACGACUUUCAGAGGGUUUUCUCGUGAUGAGAAGUUGAUCAUGAUCGCACGCAUGCGUCGCAACCAGACUGGCGUAGAGCAGAAACGUAUCAACUGGGAUCAGAUCAGGGAAGCUUAUCUUGAUUACAAGACAUGGCUGUUCACCUUGCUUGGUUUUGUGUCCAACAUACCUAAUGGAGGAAUCAGUAAUUUCAGUACCUUGGUCAUCAAAGGUCUAGGGUUUGACACCCUACACACGGCGUUGCUUGGUAUCCCACAAGGAGCUUUAGUCGUCAUCUGGAUCGGUCUCGGUGCUGUGGCAAACAGGUAUCUGCCCAAGAACAGCCGUACAAUUGUUUGUGCGCUAUUCAUGUUACCAACAAUCGCGGGUGCUCUGGGUUUCUUGUUGGCACCCGACAAUGCCUAUGUGGGACGACUAAUCUGCUUCUAUUUGACUGGCUCAUACCAAGCAUCUUUUGUACUAUCUCUAUCGCUUGUCACCAGCAACACAGGCGGACAGUCAAAGAAGAUGAUAGUGUCCGGAAUGAUCUGGUUUGGCGCGUGCAUCGGCAACAUUGCAAGUCCGUUCUUCUACAGAUCAGAGCAGGCACCUUCAUACCCUUUGGGCAUCGGCUCUCUUCUGACGGCAAACUGCAUUGAGUUCUUGCUCUUUGGAGUGUUGAGAUAUGCGUUCAUCUGGGAAAACAAGCGCAAGGAGAAGAUCAGACUUCGCAUGCGUGAGAGUGGUGAAGCUGCUGCGCUGAACGAUACAGCAUUCAGCAAUCUGACAGACAAGCAGAACCCGAACUUCGAAGUUGUCACAGAUUCCGGGCGGAUCGCAAAGCUGAUUGAAGUUCACCUCCAUCUGAAGAUCUUGAGUGCUGCUUGA